AUGGGCCCUCACCGAUCAUGGAUUAAUGAGUCCGUCGAUUCGAACGACCAAGAUUGUACCAAACGCGGCCGUGGAUUGCUCGGCUCGUGUGGCACAUGGUUGGUCCCUUUCCUGAAACCCCCAUCUCUCAUCUCCGCGAUCAUCUUACUGGAUGUUGCGUCUCCCGAUCCCAUGUUUGUGGCUCUUGGAAGCUGGCGCGGCAGUCUUUCCACGUUCGUUCGAGCCUCGUCCAGCACAGUCGCGGACAGUAUGGGCAUUCUCAAUGAUGCACCGCUCCAGAAGAAUGCUUCGAAGCUUGAUAGGUACCUCUCAUACUCAGGGAUUGUAAAUAAGACCCAGUGGUUUAUCAUCAAUCGGAUAAAGCCCAUAAUGAGAAGAUUCACGCUUGCGAUCAAAUAA